UGCCAAAUCUCAGACAAAAAAGGGCCAAGCAAGAGUGGGAUAUGGGACCCACCUUUAAAAGCCCCACUUUCCUCCGUCACUUUCUAACCGAAAGAUCAAAAUCAAAAUCAAAAUACCCCAAAAAAGAAAAAAAGAAAUACAUCGCAAACUAAAAUUCAUUCUUCGAACUUGGAAAAACCGGUGGUGAAUCUCUGCUCUGUUUACCGGUGACAACGCGUUCUCUCAGGCUUUUCUUCCUCGAUUUCCGAUUUCUCCUUUACUUUCAUUAAAUCCAUAAUAUCUGAAAGAUGUCUGGUCAAAACCAGCGCUUGAAUGUGGUUCCAACUGUUACAAUGCUUGGAAUCAUGAAAGCUCGGCUUGUGGGUGCUACAAGAGGUCAUGCACUUCUCAAGAAGAAGAGUGAUGCCCUAACUGUACAAUUUCGUCAGAUUCUUAAGAAGAUAGUCUCUACAAAGGAAUCAAUGGGAGAGAUUAUGAAAACCUCUUCAUUUGCCCUAACCGAGGCUAAGUAUGUUGCGGGUGAGAACAUCAAACAUAUUGUCCUUGAGAAUGUUCAAAAUGCUUCUCUUAAAGUUCGAUCCCGACAAGAGAAUGUUGCUGGAGUGAAGCUUCCCAAGUUUGAGUAUUUCACAGAAGCUGAGAGCAAGAAUGAUCUGACUGGCUUAGCCAGAGGUGGGCAACAGGUCCAACAGUGCCGUGCUGCUUAUGUGAAAGCAAUUGAGGUUCUAAUUGAGCUUGCUUCUCUUCAGACAUCAUUCUUAACACUUGAUGAGGCAAUUAAGACCACAAAUCGUAGGGUUAAUGCUUUAGAGAAUGUUGUGAAACCAAGGUUGGAGAAUACGAUAAGUUACAUCAAGGGAGAGUUGGAUGAGCUUGAAAGGGAGGAUUUCUUCAGGUUAAAGAAGAUUCAAGGUUAUAAGAAGAGGGAGAUACAGAGACAGCUUGCUGCUGCCAAGCAGUUUGCGGAGGAUCAGUUUGCAGAGAAGGUUUCCUUGCAAAAAGGGGUUUCAAUAAAUUCAGCUCAUAAUUUGCUAUCUGCAGCCAGGGAGAAGGAUGAAGAUAUUAUUUUUUAAUGAAGAGGUUAAUUAGUCCGUAUUUUCUUUCCUAGGAUUUGUAGGUUUCUUCUAUCUGGUGCUUGUUUGAUAGCGGGAAAUUCCUUGAAUUAUUUAGUGUUCUUGAAUAAAUGUUAUAUGUGUGUCUCUAGUUUUUGUGUAUUACUAUUAAUGGGCAGACAUUCACCUUUUCCUUUUAUGACAAUAAAGAUACACCAUUUCAAGGCUGUAAUGUAUUUUGCCUGAAUGGUCUUUUGUCGACCAAUGCUGUAUAUUUUGUGGAAGCUCUCACAGUAUGCAUAAAUAUAUCUGACAUCAUAUCAUCAUUACUGUCGUUC